UUUUUAUUUAGGAGGAUGAAUAAUUUUAAAUAAAAAGUGACAUAUUACUAUGAUGAAGAAUUCGGGACAUUUAAUUAUUCAACAACACAUCCAAUGAAACCAUUAAGAGUGGCUAUAACUGAUGAUUUGGUUGGACACUAUGGAUUAAAAUAAUAUAUGAAUUGUAUUGUAAAAGAUUUAAAAUUAAAUUCUUAGGAUUAAACAUUUGUAUAGACAUAUAUUAAAAGAGUAGAUGAAGAUGUAUUAACUUAAUUUCAUUCAUAUGAAUAUAUAGAUUUAAUUAAGGUAAUAACACCUGACAAUAAAUGUCAAUAUGAAGAUCAACUUUAUAGAUGUAAAUUAGAAUUGAAAUUUUAGUUAAUUUUAUGGAGGAUUGUCCAGUUUUAGAUAGAUUGUUUGAUUUUUGUUUGUGUUAAACUUCGGGAUCAGUUGGAGCAGCAUGUGUAAUAGCAGAUUAAAAAAGCAAUAUUGCAAUUAAUUGGAGUGGAGGAUUACAUCAUGCAAAAUAGAGUGAAGCAAGUGGAUUUUGUUAUGUAAAUGAUUGUGUACUUGGAAUAUUGGAAUUAUUAAAAACAUAUUAACGUGUACUUUAUGUAGAUAUUGAUAUUCAUCAUGGAGAUGGAGUAGAGGAAGCAUUCUAUUUAACUGAUCGAGUUAUGACAUGCUCUUUUCAUAAAUUUAAAGAAUAUUUUCCAGGAACUGGACAUAUUGAUGAUAUUGGACAUGAUAAAGGAAAAUAUUAUGCAGUUAAUUUUCCAUUAAAUGAAGGUUUAAAUGAUGAUUCAAUACAAUUUAUUUUUAAACCAGUCAUUGACAAGAUUAUGGAAAAUUUCAGACCUGAUGUUGUUAUGUUAUAAGGAGGUACUGAUAGUUUAAGUGGUGAUAGAUUAGGAUGUUUCAAUUUAAGCAUUAAAGGUAAAUAUAAAAUUUCAUUAUAGGACAUGGUACUUGCAUAGAAUAUUUAAAGAAAUUCAAUGUUCCUAUUAUAAUGGUUGGUGGUGGAGGUUAUACACUUAGAAAUGUACCAAGAUGUUGGACAUAUGAAACUUCUCUUGCUUUGAAUGUACCAAUUUAAGAUAAUAUUCCUGACGAAUCUGAUUAUAAAAUCUAUUUUGGACCAGAAUAUAAAUUACAUUUACCUAUUUCGAAUAUGGAAGAAUAAAAUUCAAAAGAUUAUUUAGAAAAAAAUAUGUAUAUUAUAUAAUUUAUUUUUAAGUGUUUAAAUUUUAGACAAUCUUAAAUAAAUAAAUCCUGGUUGUGCUUAAAUUGACCAUUACGCUAUUGGAAAAGAAAGUCGAAAGAAAGUUGAUUAUUAAGAAUUGUUCUCUGAAUAUCAGGAUAAUAAGGAAGAAAUGCAAAUAGAAUAAAAUUAAGAUCAAUAAGAAUGAAUAUAUAAUAUUAAUCUGAAG